GCUCGUAGGCUGCCGAGCGGAGUCGGGCGGGCCGGUGCGGAGAGCAGCGUGGUCUAUCCUGUGACUGACUGACACCCGCCGGGGAAAAAGUUACUCUGAGUUCGCGGACACACUGCCAACAUGUCUGGAGAUGACGAGACACAGGAGCAGACCAUCGCCGACGACUUGGUGGUCACCAAGUACAAGAUGGGCGCAGAGAUCGCGAAUCAGGCUCUGAAGACGGUGGUUGGGGCAGCUAUGGCCGGAGUCUCCGUGCUCAGCCUGUGUGAAAAGGGAGAUGCCUUCAUCAUGGCAGAAACUGGGAAAAUCUUCAAGAAGGAAAAAGACAUGAAGAAAGGUAUCGCUUUUCCUACUUGUGUGUCAGUUAACAACUGCGUAUGCCAUCACUCCCCUCUGAAGAGUGACCCUGAUGUCAUACUGAAGGAUGGGGACCUCGUCAAAAUUGACCUGGGUGUGCACGUUGAUGGCUUCAUCUCAAAUGUGGCUCACAGCUUCGUUGUUGGAGUGACCAAGGAGAACCCACUGACUGGACGGAAGGCUGACGUUCUCAAAGCAGCUCACCUGUGUGCUGAGGCUGCUCUGCGUCUUGUUAAGCCAGGGAACCAGAACACACAGGUCACAGAAGCCUGGAACAAGAUUGCAAAGUCAUUCAAGUGCUCCCCUAUUGAAGGCAUGCUGUCCCAUCAGCUCAAACAACACGUGAUCGAUGGGGAGAAAACUAUCAUUCAAAACCCAACGGACCAGCAAAAAAAGGACCAUGAGAAGGCUGAGUUUGAGGUGCAUGAGGUAUAUGCAGUGGAUGUACUUAUCAGCAGUGGAGAGGGGAAGGCAAAGGAUGGAGGUCAGAGGACCACCGUUUACAAACGAGACCCCAACAAGGUGUACGGUUUAAAGAUGAAGACAUCUCGGACAUUCUUCAGUGACGUGGAGAGGCGCUUUGACACAAUGCCUUUCACUCUGAGAGCGUUUGAGGACGAAAGCAAGGCCAGGUUGGGCGUGGUGGAGUGUGCCAAACAUGAGCUGGUGCAGCCGUUCAACGUGCUGCAUGAGAAAGAGGGUGAAGUUGUUGCCCAGUUCAAGUUCACCGUGCUGCUCAUGGCCAAUGGACCUUUGCGAAUCACAAAUAGCCUCUUUGAGCCAGAACUCUACAAGUCUGAACAUGAAGUGGAGGACCCAGAGCUGAAGGCUUUACUUCAAAGCUCAGCCAGCCGCAAGACUCAGAAGAAGAAGAAAAAGAAGGCCUCAAAGACUGUUGAGAGCGCAACAGGACAGGCGAUGGAGACUGAAGCUGCAGAAUAGAUUUCUCUGACGGACAUUGGAUGACCCAAAGAACAGACGUCACAAAUCCUUCUGUCCCAGCUGUCUGAGGCACUUGCGGGCAUAGCCGCUGUGAACACCUCUGAAUCUAACUGAUGUCAGUCUGGGAUGAUGCUGCUCCUAAAUUCUGUCACUCCACCUAAAACACAUACACACACGCGCACACAUGUACAACCAUAGUAAAUCUCACUGUCCUUGAGACUGUCUUCCUCUCUUAACAGCAGACAAUAGUUCUGCUACAAAAGAGGAUAUUUUGUGCAAGGGCGUAACACUCACUGGAACAUUUAACCAUUCGACUGACCUUGAGCCUUCGUCCCUUUCUCCACAAUAACUGUAGUGAAAGAUAAGUGAAAAUAAAAUGAGUUUGACAGAGCGGCCAAGGAUGAUGAAUGCACAAUACUGUGUCAGGGUAAUUGUGUGGCACUUAGAUAACUUUGUUGAGGUCAUAAACCUGAAAGCCAUGCCUUUUUGAAAUGAGUGUUAAACUUGCUGUGGGCAGAAAAUGUGUAACACCUGUCUGAGCCCUGAAGUUAUGAGCAUGACAUGAGUCAUUAUUACUGCAUUUAUACUGCUCUCGCUUAGGUCUGUCUACUAGUACAUGGUGUACACUUGUAGGAAUCUACUGUAGGUUACUCAGCUAACAAUUCUUAAACUGACAACUUAAAACCUGCUGGUUGAGUAAUUUAACUAGUGACGAAAAGAAUUUCUCAGUUGUGGAUGGUCUUACUCCUGCCAAGGGUUCAGCAUUCAGUCCUCUGGUGCCACCAUCGAGUCUGACAGUCUGUGUUUACAUAAGAAUUCCAUACCUGUUAGAUAUAUGGAUGCUUUUGUAAAACAAAUCCCAGUUUCAGAGACUAUUUUUGGAAACAUUAAAAAGCCACCUGACAUCAUUUGUGUAGUUGUUUCUGGAGUGUGUGUAUACAGCUGAUUGUCCCGAUGAGCGAAAGUGUGUUUUUCAUGAAUGUGAACAUUAAUGAAUCACCAUUGUUGUUAUUUCACUCUCAUUACACUGCAUUGAUCAAAAGCUAAGCCAGGAACUUGAACACUAGCCAUCAAUAGUUAAAUGACUGCCCCAUCACCUUUAGAAAGUGUAUGUACAUUUACUGCACAUUUUCAUAUAUUAAUAUUCAGAUUUUAUUCAUUCAGGUAACUUAAUUUCCUUUCUUUACAUAUUGAAGGUCUAAAUAUUUAAAGCCUUUCCAUGUUAGGAAUAUAAAUCCAGGGUAAAAAGGCAUGAGCAUUAACAUAUUUCAUUUUUAGGACUGCUAAAAAUAGUAAAAUUUAAGCAUACUGUUAAAAAAUACUGGAAAUUGCUUGUUAAUUAUCUAACCGGUGCACUAAGUUACCCUGGUUAACACCCCAAAUUCACAAACACAUUAAAAUACACAUAUUUAGCUGACAGUUUCAUGUAAAGCAACUUCAAAUACGUGCAUAAAACCAUGUAACUGGGCAAGUCCAUCAAUUUAAUCAAAUAUCAUUACUUCAAGUGCUACUUUUAGACACAAUAGGAUAUAGAUAAAUUAUUUUUAAUGGGCCAAGAUGGAGUCUAAACAGAAAUACACAAAAUAUACACAAAAAAAUACUUAGGACAUUACUUAUUUGUUCUUAAUGGUAGCUUUAGGGCACUGGGCACAGACUGUACACCGUCUGUAUCAAUCAAAACAGUAUUACUCAUCAAAUUUUUUCAUAAUAUCUGUGGUAAAAUUCUCUUGUUGAACAUUAUCAGUGUAUAUGUGGACCAGUGACAUCUGACAGAUAUGUCAAAAUGCAAAGUACUGCUCAAAUAAACAACGGCGGACCUUAAGAUCACAUAGAAACAUGCACCGCUAAGCAUAUCCUGUACACGCCUUAUCCUCUAGACAACUGUUUUACUACGGUCCAGUGAAGAUGACGUAGCACAACCCCUAUAAAUAGGACGUCGCUCUUAUGUGACGUCCUUCGUGGAGACGGUUCCUUAGUGAUUGCCUCCCCUUCUCAACAUGAGGGCUAAGUGGAGAAAGAAGCGCAUGCGCAGGCUGAAGCGUAAAAGGAGAAAGAUGAGGCAGAGGUCCAAGUAAACUGUCCUCUCCGCCGUGGCUGUGACAGCAACACGUUGCCAACAACCAGACCGGUGAGCUCAGCUGAAGACCCAGGACCCUCCCGGUGUCAAGUUUGUCCGCGGCGCCCAUAUCGACCAGAGGCAGCGGAGCUGCAGCAGCUGAAUGAUGCUGGAGAGCUGAUUCAAGACCUGCUGGAUGACAGGCUUUUCUUCUGGGACAUUCUGGACUCUUUACUCUUAAUUCCUCAACUUUUGUCUUUUGUUUAUACUGUGAUUAAAGGUUUUGGUUUAUAAAUACUUUAAA